CAGUAUGAGCUCGUCCCGACAUAACAAACUUGCUUCAAUGUUCAGUGCGUUCCUAUACGGCGUCGAAAUUGGACGCUAAGCGUCGGUUUUGUUGUGCACAGUGAUAGUAUUGUUGUAGAACAAGGAAUACUGCAUUUUUUUAGAGUGGCAGACAAGGAUAUAAAAUUUUGAGAGCCCGAGUUUCAACAAGUACAGAACAUGACAGAGGUGGUGGAUCACAUGUCAUAUAUUUUCGGAAGUUUCUCAAGACGUCGUCAGAGUCAGGAGGUUGGAUUUUCGAAAAAACGGACGGAAAACACCCUGAAAAUUUACCAUGACCGAUCCAAUUCGGCACCGCAUGCCGCAACGGAGAAAAAAGAGCCGCAAGCGACCAGGGCUUGCAGCGUUUAUGACACUGUACCCGACGAAAAUAAAUACAAGUGCCCGUCGUGCAAACGAUUUUUUUUAGAACCGAGAGUACUUCCGUGUUUACAUACGUUUUGUACAAAAUGUUUGCAGCAAAUGGAAGCGCAAGAUCUCAACGUAUGGGGCAGUGGAUCGGAUGUAUCGUCGAACUCAAGAACAGAUGGUUCAGAUUCGACGAGACAUGGCUCUGGAUCAGGAGGUUCCGGAUACGAAAGUGAUAAACGGGACUCAUCAGAUCCCGUAUGCGUACCCCCUGCCGGCAAGGGUAUUUCCUGUCCUAUUUGUGGAGUAAGGUCUCCACUUCCAGCAGGAGGUGUUUUAGGCCUUCCGCCUCAUUACCUUCUCCAACACCGAAUGGUUCUUGCAACACUCAAUGCAGUCACAACAAAAUUGCUUUGUGAUCCAUGUACUUCAGAAACUACAGCUACAUAUCGAUGUACUCAAUGUGCCAUAAGCUUAUGCAGCCAUUGCGCCGAAAUGCACUGUAGACAAAAAAAUUCCCACGAAAUCCUUACGGUGGACGAAGCCAGGAAAAGAGGGAUAAGGAUACGUAGACAAAUUAUGUGUCCCAUACACACGGAAAAGGAUCUGUCUAGUUUUUGUGUUAGUUGUUUUCAGGUCAUAUGUCACGAUUGUAUGGCAGCCUCCCAUAAAGGUCACCAGUUCGAAUCAAUUCCAAAAGCGAUUAAAUUCCACGUGGGAAAUAUAAAAGAUGGCCUAAAACAAGCUCGAACUUCCGCAGAACAAACAGAAGCGUUAACGUUAAGACUUCAAACAGACGCUAAAAGAAUACAAGCGAGGUGUAGUCAAGUCCAAUCAGAAAUAGAACAAUUUAUAGAUUCGUACAUAAAAGAAAUUAAUAAUCACAAAGCAUACCUUACCAAUCAGGUUAAUCAAGCCAAAGAAGAGCGUCUAAGGGUCAUAGAACAACAUCAAAUUGCGUUACAGAAAAGACUUAAAGAAGCCAAAGAUGUGGUAACGUUCACGGACGAACUUUUAAGUGAAGCUACCGAUGUAGAAUUGCUUAGUUUUGUAAAACCGAUUUCAAAGAAAUUAGACCAGUGUAACAGACUUAAGAAAGUUAAUAAUUUAAAGGUAUCCGAUAGUUUACAAUUCUUACCGGAAGAAAUCGCUCCCAACAAUGAUGGGAACUGUGUGUUAUACGGUGUUGUAACAACCCAAAGUGUUUUCCCCAAAAACUGUGUUUUAAACGUUGAAGGUUUGCAACAGCUAAGAGUUGGUCAAAAGGCGGAAGCAAUUUUAGAAUCAAAAGAUAGUAGCGAUGCUCCUUUACAAAGGGGCGGAGAAAAAGUCUACGCCGAUCUCAGGCAUCGCGAUAGCGGAGCUACAAAGUCUUCAGUGAAUGUUAAAAUCGAAGACAAUCGCGAUGGAACGUAUAAAAUUUACUUCACGCCGGAUAUCGCCGGAAAAUUUUUGUUGGUUGUACACGUAAAAGGACAACCCAUUAAGGUAAAUAUAUCCAUGAAUAUUUAUGUAUAGUUUAAUCAAACUAUUAGAACAUUCAGAGUAAUUGUUUUACGAGCGCGUUUUAUAUUCAAAUGUUUUACGUGUUUUCGUAAAAACCAAGUCGAAAAGGCUUAAUUUCAGACCGCACUCAAAAACUAUUAUCACCACUAAAUUCUACAUACAUUUUUACAUGUAUUUUAACUAUUAACACAUUCAAAAUAAUUGUUUAACAAAUCGAAAUUUAACGAGCGCGAUUUAUAUUCAAAUGUUUUAAGUGUUUUCAUAAAAACCAAAUCUAAAAGACGUUAUUUCAAACCGCACUCAAAAACCAUUAUCACCACUAAAUUCUACAUACAUUUUUACAUAUCAUUCAACUAUGAUAACACUCAGAAUAAUUGUUUAACAUGUCAAAAUUUUACGAGCGCGUUUUAUAUUCAAAUAUUUUACGUGUUUUCAUAAAAACUAAAUCGAAACGGCUUUAUUUCAGACCGCACUCAAAAACCAUUAUCACCACUAAAUUCUACAUACAUUUUUACAUGUAUUUUAACUAUUAACACAUUCAAAAUAAUUGUUUAACAAAUCGAAAUUUUACAAGCGCGUUUUAUAUUCAAAUGUUUUAAGUGUUUUCAUAAAAACCAAAUUAAAAA